CUGAGGGCUAGUUUCAGCUUCAUCAUCACCUUUCAGGACAAAUGAAGAGAAAAUGGGAAGAAAGACUGAAGAAAGUGGAAGAACUAGCGUCUCACUAUGAAAGAAACCCUCUCCCUCCAGUUUAUAGACCAAAACUCUCCAAACCCUUUCUGCCAUCCUCUGUUUGGAAAAUAUUUUGUCGGCAGGCUGAAGCUUUCAAUUAUGUAAAAACCUGCAAAGAGGAUGUUCAUGUAUUUGCCUUGGAAAAGAACACACAAAGUGGACAGAGGUUUUACCUUGUGACAACGUAUAAAGAGCUUUGGUUUUACUACACCAAAGGUUAUAAAACAAGUCUUAUGCAUUGCUAUGAAGUAAUUCCUGAAAAAGAUGCUUGCAAACUUUAUUUUGAUUUGGAGUUCUACAAACCAGCAAAUCCUGGUGCAGAUGGCAACAGUAUGGUUGCGAAGUUAAUUGAGCUUGUCAACCAAAAAUUAAAAGACCUUUAUGAUGUAAAUUGUUCAGCCAAAGAUGUCUUGAAUUUAGAUUCCAGUACUGAUGAAAAAUUUAGUCGACACUUAAUAUUUCUACCCCAAAAGACUGUAUUUAAGGAUAAUACUCAUGUUGGUAACUUUGUGAGAACCAUUUUGCAGCCUGCCAUAAGGUUAAUGGAGAGUAAAGCUGCUGUUGCGAUUCCAGAAGAAGGAGCAAGGCAUGUUUUCCAGUGUUCUGUAGAAGCAGUUGGAUUAGAUGGUUCUCUGACAAACCUCACAGCCGUCGAAGCUGCUUCCAAAGGCUGGGCAGCCAUUGCUUGCAAAAUAAAAGAUAUGGAAACAUCACACCAGGGAGAAAAUUCGGAAUUUUCCUUUCUAAUAGUAAAUGAUAAAGAAGGAGGCAAGCAACUUUUUGUGGAUCUAGGAGUUUAUACAAGGAAUAGAAAUUUCCGGAUGUAUAAAUCAUCAAAAGCAGGAAAAAAUGUGAUUCUGAAGAUAGCAGAGGAUAAUAAGUUUGUCCCUAACUGUGAAGAGGAUGUUUCCUUGGAAGAAGCAUAUUUUCUUUCCUCUUUGAUCUGCAACAUUAGAGCGAAGGAUGACACAAAAGUUCUGUCAUCUGGCUUUUCAGAGGAGACAAAAAUAUCUGCUUUUUUAAACAGUAAAACUACCAGAAGCAGUAGAGAUUCCAUGGAAGGUUAUCAGGAUUCACCAUAUCCAGAAAUUGAUUAUUUUGUUCGUUCUUUGGUAAAUAAAGAUGGGGUGCAAGGAGGGAUACGACGGUGGAAUUAUUUCUCUCUAGAAGAAAUACUUGUAUAUGACAUUUCUGGUUACCGUUGGUGUGACAAUAUUGGAAGAGCUCACAAAAGUAACAACAUAAUGAUUCUGGUAGAUCUAAAGAAGGAAGUCUGGUAUCAAAAGUGUCACGAUCCAGUCUGCAAGGAAAAAAACUUCAAAUCACAAAGUUUUCCAUUACCAUCUCGGAUACGUCUCCCUUUUCUUUUCAAAGAGGAAGAAGAGUAUACACUAAUGGAUGAAAGAGGGAACACAGAAGUAGUAAACCCACAUUCUAAUGCAGCAGACUUGUCAAAAAGCUCAGUAUCUCUAAAAAAAAGCUUGUCUCACGACUUGCUGUUGUCAGACAGCAAGUGGGACGAUGCAAGUGACGACGCCUGUUUCUUAGAAGCUACUGAAGAUGUGGAACUAGCUGAAGCUGCAAAUGAUAGUCUGAAUUAUGCCAUGGAAGAAAUUCCUGAUGAAAUUCUUUUGGAAGCUUUAAGGAAACAGGACACUUGCAAUAAAGAAGGCAGCUAACCACAGACUUGGCUAGCAAACAGACCGCUAGCAACAAAACCUGCUUUAACGCAACGUGCGUAUCACAUGCUUUCUGUGAAAGAUACUGCGAUGUAGUUCAAAAAUGCUGUAAGACAAAGAACCAAGUAACAAACAAGUAUCCUCACAACUGGAUGAUCUUCAAGCACAAGAUCACCAAAGAUUACACAGGGGCUGAAGAGUAUGGGGUUGAAAACUUGUCAUGAAUGCUGCUCCAAGUUAGCACUUUUAACAGUCGCUGCUGUGCACUUGUUAGCUGUUUUUUGUUUAGCUGUAUGUCCAAGUUUUACUGAUAAGCCAAGUAAAACAGAUUUCUUUACUUCCAGAAAUGGGAGGAAAUUAUUUAUU